AAGCACCCCUCUACUAAAUAACCCAAGUUCCCCCACAGUACUCUAAUCUAUAUACCUUCAUUCUCCAGUUCACAACACUCCAAGUGCAAGUGAUGAUGGGGAGAACACCAUGCUGUGAUGAAAUUGGAUUGAAGAAGGGGCCUUGGACCCCGGAAGAGGAUGCAAUAUUGGUGGAUUACAUUCAGAAACACGGCCAUGGAAGUUGGAGAGCACUUCCGAAGCUUGCAGGACUGAACAGGUGCGGGAAGAGUUGCAGGCUAAGGUGGACUAACUACUUGAGGCCUGAUAUUAAAAGAGGAAAGUUCACUGAGGAAGAAGAGCAACUCAUCAUCAAUUUACAUGCUGUUCUUGGGAAUAAGUGGUCUGCCAUAGCAGGUCAUUUGCCAGGGAGGACUGAUAAUGAAAUCAAGAAUUUCUGGAACACCCAUUUGAAGAAAAAGCUUCUGCAAAUGGGGUUAGAUCCAGUCACUCAUCGUCCAAGAUUAGAUCACCUUAAUCUUCUAUCCAAUCUCCAACAGUUCCUAGCUGCCACAAACAUGGUCACUAGUUUCACAAACACUUUGGAUUCUAAUGCUGCUCUGAGGCUGCAAUCAGAUGCAACACAACUAGCCAAACUCCAAUUGCUGCAGAACAUACUUCAAGUUCUUGGAACCAAUCCUGCCUCAAACUUGGAGCUACUUAAUCAACUUGGACCAUCAUCUUCAAUUUCAGACACUUUUCUUCAUGAAGCUUUAGGAUUGAAUCAAUCUAAGCUCCAAGAACUUUAUAAGAGUUCAAUUGGUUUUCCUUCUCAUCAAAAUCUGUCUAAUUUGCAAACCUUAGAAGUCCCACAUCAUCUGCAGCAACAUUACAUGAAUGGAAGCAGCACUAUUAAUAGUUGCAUGCAGUCUCGAAAGGUGGUUGAUGAACAACUUGAUGCCACAAACUCUUCUUCAACUAUACCAUUAAAUUCACUUCCAAAUCUGGUUUCAGCAUCACCUCAAUGUUCCACUGUCAAGGAAAUGGAAAACAAGGUGAAUCCAAAUGAGUGCUCCAACCCUUCUUCCACUUCAACCACCUUUGAAAUGUGGGGAGAUUUCAUGUGUGAGGAAGUAAACGAUGAUUAUUGGAAAGACCUUAUAGACCAAGAGUCUAACCGGUAACAAAACAUAGCAGAGUCUGAUGGAAAUACAAACAGCAUUCAAGAAUAAUCACAGGGAUAAAGGCAAUUAUCAUUGGUCUCUAGGAUCAACACGUAAACUGUUCAUUUAUGUAUAGUUGGUUUGGUUGAUUCAUAUGCAUUUGAAAGAUGGAUUGGUUUUUGGAUUUGAACAUAUAAGCUUCCAUUGUAUAGAGGAUUCCUGUGACAUGGAGAGUGUAAUUUCACAGGGUACAAUCCUCUCAUAUUCAUUUUCUUGUACUAUAGCAUAUUUAGAUCAACUUCUCUUUCCCCAAAAUCAAUUCUGAAACUAAGAAGCUAUUCGUAUAAACUUCUACCCAAAUUUGAUUCA